CGCUGACAUCACUCAGAGCCCGGCCUCUUUCCUCCAGGAGGCUCGGUGAUCAUCAGCAGCUCCGGAGCUCCAAACUGCGCUCUCUCCAUGGGACUAAACAACACUUAUUCCCCGCAAGAGAGGAUGGGAUGUUGACAGGUUGUUCCUCGAGCUACAGGAGAAGCUUCAGAGUCACCUGACCUCCGGCCGGAUCCAACAUGGCCGCCCAUCGAAUCCGAGCCACGGCCACCAACAACACGUCGCUGCCUCGCUGCCGCUCCGAGGGAACGCUCAUCGACCUCAGCGACAGCCUAUCGGAAGCCAGUCUGAACGAUGUCAAAGUGCCUUCUCCCAGUGCCUUGCGCCUGGACUCCACUGCCUCCUUCGGUGCCGCUCGGGAAGUCGUGGCCAUCAAAGACUACUGCCCCUCCAGCUUCACCACGCUAAAGUUCUCCAAAGGGGAUCGCCUCUACGUGCUGGACUCGUCAGGAGGCGAGUGGUGGUACGCCCACAACAACACGGAGAUGGGUUACAUCCCGGCAGCUUACGUGGAGCCCAUCAACUUUAGGGACUCGUCUUUCAGCGACAGCGGGAUGAUAGACACCGUAGGGGACGGUAUCGAGGAGGCAGCCAAAGAAAUGGACCUCUUAGGGGAGUGGGCCGGGGUGAUUCUGAAACCCACCACCUUCCAAAAUGGGAAUCCUUUCGCUUCAACCAAUACCUCGACGAACCCUUUCCUGAACGGGGGUCCUCUGAGCUCCCUUGAUCAGAACAGUAAUGAGAAAUCAGUGGACCUCUUAUUGUUUGAUACGCUCACUCCGUCAGUGCCCAACUCCACCAGCAGCACCACAACCAAUGGUUUCAAUAGUGUUUUUAACCCCAUUAGUCCCAGUGUAGGACCGGGACAAACGCUGCGCAGGGACAACCCGUUUUUUAGAAGCAAAAGAUCCUACAGUCUGUCCGAACUGUCGAUCCUUCAGGCUCAGUCCGACGCCCCUCAGGGCUCCUCUGGGUUCUUCGGAGGCUUGAAAGCACCGGCACCAGAGCAGUUUCAGAGCAGGGAGGACUUCCGGACGGCUUGGUUAACCCAUCGUAAGCUAGCCAGGUCCUGCCACGACUUGGACUCGCUCGGACAGAACCCAGGAUGGGGUCAAACGCAGCCGAUUGAGACCAGCAUCGUCUGCAGGUUGGACAGUUCAGGAGGCGCCGUCCAGCUUCCCGACAGCAACAUCAGUAUCCUUUUACCGGAGGGCCACGUGGCACCGGGCGACACCCAGCAGAUCUCAAUUAUAGCUCUGCUGGAUCCCCCUCUGGAGCUAAACAACGACCGCUGCACCACCGUCAGCCCCGUGGUGGAGAUCAAACUCAGCAACAUGGAGACCAAAACCACCAUCACUCUGGAGAUGAAAGUGUCCGUGGUGGUGAAGAUGGAGAGCCGGGAAACGACAGAAGUCCUGUGUGUCAGGAGUGAUUGUAAAGAAGGACCUUACAGACCGAUUCCUCAGGCGUACGUGUACGGUGACACGGUCCAGGUGUGUUUGGAUAACCUGGAGCCGUGCAUGUAUGUGUGUGUGGUGGCUCAGUCCCGGUCCUUAUCUCCAGACACCACAGUUUGGGAGAACGUGGUUAAAAAGAUAACGUUAGGAGUGUACGGUCCCAAACACAUCCACCCGUCCUUCAAGACCGUCGUGGCUAUGUUUGGUCACGACUGUGCGCCAAAGACGUUGUUGGUGAGCGAUGUGGGUAAACAGGUUCAAUCUGCUCCAUCAGUGGUGCUUCAACUUUGGGGUAAGCACCAGUUUGUCCUGUCCAAACCCCAGGACCUCAGUGUCGGGAUUUACUCCAACAUGGCCAACUACGAGGUAAAGGCGAACGACAAGGCAAGGGUGGUACGAGGCUUCCAGGUUAAACUAGGCAAAGUCAGCAGGCUCGUCUAUAUGAUUGCCUCGCGAAACACCGACGAUGUUUCGGACUUCACCUUGAGGAUCCAGGUUAAGGACGACCUAGAUUGUAUACUGGCUCAGUUUUGUGUCCAGACGCCAACACCGCCACCCAAAACAGGGCCAAAGACAUCGGUGCAAAGGCGUUUCCUGAAGAAAAAGGAAGUGGGGAAGAUAGUCUUGUCUCCUCUCGCUGUUGCAUCCAAGUACCCCGUGUUUCAGGACAGGAGAAUAAACAACUUAAAGUUUGGAAAGCUGAUCAAAACGGUCAUCCGACAAACGAAGAAUCAGUACUUGCUGGAGUACAAAAAAGGAGACUUUGUGGCCCUGUUGAGCGAGGAGAAGAUCAAGCUGAAGGGUCAGCUGUGGACAAAGGAAUGGUACAUUGGAUAUUACCAGGGCAAAAUGGGAUUUGUUCACGCCAAGAACGUGCUGGUGGUUGGUAAAGUUAAGCCUAUUUACUUCAGUGGGCCCGACCUCACCACUGCACUUUUACUGGAGCAGACACUGAAGCCCUGUAAGUUCCUCACGUACAUCUACGCCUCCGUACGGACUAUUCUCAUGGAGAACAUCGGAAACUGGCGGGCGUUUGCAGACGCCCUCGGAUACGCCAACCUGCCUUUGACACAUUUCUGUCGCGCCGAGCUGGACAGCGAACCAGAGCGGGUCGCAUCGGUUCUGGAGAAGCUGAAGGAGGACUGCAACAAUUCGGAGAGCAAAGAGCGAAAGUCCUUCCAGAAAGAGCUCCUAACAGUGAGUCAAAACCUUGGCAUCAGUUGCUGUGACUCAGCAUUUCUCAAAGCUUUUUUUUUUAAACUUUGUUUUUUAUUAGUUCUCGUUUUUGUUACAAUAAUGAACAGACAAACAAUAUGAAAGCAGACAGGGUCAUCCUGGGUACAAAUAAAUGCUUACUAUGUUGUAGAAAAUAUUACACAUAAUAUACAUACAAUUCGUACUUGCACACACAUUUAUACAAUCGUAUACACAUUAAUCUCCUUAGAUGCUCCAACAGUUUGUGCAAACGUGUGUCGGGCUAACAAAGGCAGGGUUGCAUCACACUAUCAUGGUUUCUCAACGCUUUUGAAGGAAAUGCAAAGCCUGUCUUUCUCCGUUGCGUCCUUCAUGUGUCAAAUGAAAUGGUCAUGUUUGUCUUCCUGCUGGAGAGCAAUGCUUUCUCCUGUUAUCUGCUCCAGGCGUUUGGCUUCAGACCCCCCCCCCCUCUAGUCUCUUAAUUCUGCUGGGAGUGCAGUCGAUAAGUGCUGUGUAGGCACCGAGGUCUAAUCGGGACCUGAGGGGCUGUGGAGGGCAAACAAAUAGCUCUGAGUUCCUGUGCAGAGUGCAGUUUGCUGGUCCUAUAAAUCCAAUUGAUCACUCAGGCUGCUUUUAAUUUAAAUCUUUAUGUACAUAUGAAUCAAAGCCCUCAGGGAGACGAACCGUGCAGGGAUAGAGCUCAGUGAAACACACCGUUAGGCUUUAUUUACAGCAUGUAGCUAUUUAGAAACCCACAAAUACUGCACCUAUCCUGAGUGUCUUUAAACAGGUGCUUGUAGAGGUACAGAUUCAUUCACAGUGUAACCCUUCUUCUUGGACAGCAAUUAUGAAAUACGGCCUUUUUCCAGAUUUCGUUCGAAAAUCUGACGUUUUUUCUUAAACUGGGAUUUAAUUUGUUCUUUUAUAUUAAAAGAACAGCAGAGCCUGUUCAUGCUUCUUUCCUUUCCUUAGUAUUUUCAGCUUUUGGUGCACAAUAUCUGAGCUGCGUGAGUGUUUAAACGAGGCACUUGGUUGUGAGUCGCCUGUCACGGAAAUGUGGAUUUUCAUUGUCGCCUCAGGCCGUCUGGGGAGCGAUGAUCAUCCUGACGUCUAAACUGCCAUUAAGUCUGCCGACAUAAAGCUUUGCAUUUCCAUUUCUAGCGUGUGUGUCCUUACAUGGUGGAGACACUGCGAUGUUUUCAGAGUGUUCCUAGCUGCCUUUACUUAGCUUCUCGUAUAUUCAUCACAUUCUCCGUCAGAGGUCACGGACCAACUCCAGCUGAAGGAACUGGGAGCAGAAACUCUAUAAUUUACGCGAGGUUGUAAACACUAGUUAGAAGCAUUUAUAGACAGAGAGAACUGCACGACAUAAUCAAAGGUGGGGACGGAAAAUAUGGCCUUUUGAAGGGAAUUCCUCUCUGAUGAAUAUAGGUCUGUUUUUUCAGGAUUACACCUAAACUACUGCUUACUGUUAGCACACAGCACGCAGCGAUCGAGCACAUUUGAGGACGCUUUGUUUAACCCACACAAAUAUGCAGUUUGCUCCCUGUGUAAACAUCUGAUGUUUGUUUUCUGUCCUCUGAAAAGUGGAUUCAGUUGCGUGUGGGCCUCAGAUGAAAGCUCAGGGAGUCCAAACACAGUCGGGUGAAACCCCCGUCUUCUUGCUAAAUGUUCUUCGUCACAAUGGGAACACCUCUCACGAUUUUCCGGUGUGUCGUUGACAUGGACUGGAGUGUAUUUUUAGGAGAGCUCACUUUGUGCUCAUGUCUGAAUGCUUUGGGGUCAGCAGCAGUAUGGAAACACAUCCAGUGAAUAUGUUACAGAUGUUCCAUGUGUUCGGGAUUCUGCUUCUAACGCUGCUCUGUACUUCUGCUGUAACAUGUGCAGAAUAUCACAGCACCAACACAAUAUGUUCUGGGUUCUUGAAUGGGUUAGAUACGGUUGUACAUGUGUCCGUUAGGAGUUAAAACAUGAGGUCAAUUAGGUGUUUUUGCAACUUUGGAUGUAACGAUUUGUGGUUUUAGCUCCAGGUGAUUAUACAAUAUGUUUAGAUAUAUAUUAGAUUAUAAUCUUUAAUGACCACACAGCCAGGCUGGUGGAAUUCGUGUUCAGUGCAGAUUAUUACAGCUUGUUCCAUACAAUAAACAGUACAACACAGCACAGGGCAAAGACAUACAUGAUGACAUAAAUACAUGAAGUUCAAGGUGUGGUGGAUUGUGAUAAUCCUCCUUGACCCGGACCCCCCUUUUGCUAUCUUAGAUUUUCCUUUCGAAGCUCACAACACUUUACGGCUGCAACUAACAAUUAUUGUUUAUUAUGAUCAACCUGAAUGUUAUUUUUGAUUAAACCAUUCGUCUAAGAAAUUUCAGAAAUAGUGAAAAACUGCAAAUUCUAGUCGACCUACCAAACCUCCAAAACAUUCAAUUGUUUAUGAUAUGAGAGAGAAAAGCAGGACAUUUUUGAGAAACUGCAUUUUUGUUGGAUUAUAAAUACUUUUAAAAUGGAUUGACUAUCAAAAUAGUGCAGUUGCAGCUCGAGCUACUAAUAUGUUGAUUUCUCUUUGAGUCCUUUAGUUAUUUUGUCUUGAAGUGACACAUUUUGGGAUUUUAAAAGAUUGUAAUACUAUCUCUUCAUAGAAGACAGUGACAGUAGAUAUGUGACAGUAACUUCAAGUAGGCCGAAGAGGAGAUCGUAGUAACAUGGUCAGUGUCUUAAACCCAUAAAACAGGAAUCUGUCCGUAAUUCUCCCCAAAUGUAGUCCCUGAACGCCUCUCGGACUCAUUUUAACUCCAUAUCAUCAGACGUCAGCGUGCUUUAGUGACACGUCUGAACAGGGUGUUCCUCAAGGAAACUCAAACACUGUUAAAGCCAUAAAAUGUGUGUGUGUGUGUGUGUGUGUGUGUGUGUGUGUGUGUGUGUGUGUUGUGUGUGUGUGUUGUGUCAGCAGAGUGGUAUGAACCUCAGCAGAUGGUGUUAUUGUAGAUUGUUCUCUUAGCAACACGGUGGUGUUUCUCUCUUCUCACAUACGUUAAAUCAAAAUCAUAAACACUUUGACUUGUAGCUGAAGGUGUUUCUAUGUACCGUAUAUACAGUGAGAAUAAGGCGCUUAGCAGACAGAUUAAAGUGGACGUCUCAACAGUGACCACACACUGCAGAAUGUAUUAGAUAAGAUUUCUGCACGCGGGAAACUUUCUAGUUGCAUUAGUAUCAACAGAAAGUGGCAUCAAUGCAUCCGUCUGAAACCUUUCCCAUUUAAAUGUUUAAUACAUUUCUUAAAGGGGCUCUAUUACGCUCUAUUACGCUCUAUUACGCUCUAUUACGCUCUAUUACGCUCUAUUACGCUCUAUUACGCUCUAUUACGCUCUAUUACGCUCUAUUACGCUCACUCUCAGCUUGAUUUUAGUGUUGUGUGCCUCUACUUUGAUCUGUUUCACAGUAGAGGCACAGAUAUGUAUGUUUUGUACCUAAGUUCGUCACGUAACAUGCUAUGAACGUCGCUAAAGUAAAAAAACACGCUACAUAGGCACUGAAGAUUGAACACCAUGUAGCCUAACAUGCGUAAAUACAUUUAAAUUAAUUUGCUUUCAAACAAGCGGUCUCCUUUGUUAAAGCUGCUGUUCUUAUCAUCUUGUAGUGAGGAAGGAUUUGCAAAGGACACAUUAUAACAGUGCAAUAUGGGCUGAUUAGACUCAUUGAAUUUCUACAACAGAAUAUUUAAUGUUUUCCUCCUGGAGUUUAAUGUCUGGACUCGUUUGUUUAGCGGCUGUGUUGUUGUUGUUGUUGUUGUUGUUGUUGUUGGGGGGGGGUGUUCAGGAUCAGGUUGUGUUGCAGAUGUUUCCUGCCGGGGAGACGCCAGUACACGGCGUCUACGAGCAGCAAGCUUUCAACAGCGAUAGCUGUUCAUUGUUCCAAUGAUAAUAAACAAAAAUGUGCAUAAAGCAUAUUUGAUAAGAGUAUUAAAAACUUGAAAAAUAUUCCUCUUAGGUACAUUUAGAACAGAUACAACAUGUGCGAUUAAUUAUUUA